UGGCUCUGCCGAGGUGACAAUGUGCUAGGAGUCCUCACUCGGUCUUCGUGCCUCCUCGGCCUUGGCGCCCGCUCUGGGCGCGCUCGCGGAGUCCUACCGCCCGCCGUUGCGCUAUGAGGGCGCCUCUCUGGGGCUGGCCGAGGCCGGAGCCGGCUUGCACGGUUUGAGAGGAAGUGUGAAAAGAGCGCGGGCGGGAGCUGGGGCUGCGCACCGAGCGGCACUCUCGGGCCAGCGCGGUAUCCAGGUGAGCGCCGGCUUGGUGAGCAGUGUACUCGGUGCAGCUGGUCGGCGCCUGCCGGGCUUGAUCGGAGGCUGAAUCCAGAGCGUGGACCGCCCUUCUCUCUUCGUGGGAUCCUUGGCCACGAUAGCAGAUGCAUUUUGUAGAAGUAUUUUGAGGAUGAAUGUUUUCAAAUCAUUUUGAAAUUUCCAAGCACUAUAUACAUGGGAUGCAUCCUGCUUUCAACCUGGAGUUCACCUCUGUGGCGUGGAUCUAUCCAAGGAGCAUUUGCCUUCAAUCUCUGUGUUAACUAGAAAUCAAGUAAAGACAUGAGGAGAUUCGUUUACUGCAAAGUGGUUCUGGCCACUUCACUGAUGUGGGUCCUUGUGGAUGUCUUCUUACUGCUGUACUUCAGUGAAUGUAACAAGUGUGAUGACAAGAAGGAGAGGUCCCUGCUGCCUGCACUGAGGGCUGUUAUUUCAAGAAACCAAGAAGGCCCAGGAGAAAUGGGAAAGGCUGUGCUGAUUCCUAAAGAUGACCAGGAGAAAAUGAAAGAGCUGUUCAAAAUCAAUCAGUUUAACCUUAUGGCCAGUGAUUUGAUUGCCCUUAAUAGAAGUCUGCCAGAUGUAAGAUUGGAAGGAUGCAAGACAAAAGUCUACCCUGAUGAACUUCCCAACACAAGUGUAGUCAUUGUGUUUCAUAAUGAGGCUUGGAGCACUCUCCUUAGAACUGUUUACAGUGUUAUAAAUCGCUCCCCACACUACCUGCUCUCUGAGGUCAUCUUGGUAGAUGAUGCCAGUGAAAGAGAUUUUCUCAAGUUGACAUUAGAGAAUUAUGUGAAAAAUUUAGAAGUACCAGUAAAAAUUAUCAGGAUGGAAGAGCGCUCUGGGUUAAUACGAGCACGUCUUCGAGGAGCAGCUGCUUCAAAAGGGCAGGUCAUAACUUUUCUGGAUGCACACUGUGAAUGCACAUUAGGGUGGCUGGAGCCCUUGCUGGCGAGAAUAAAGGAAGACAGGAAAACAGUCGUAUGCCCCAUCAUUGAUGUGAUUAGUGACGAUACCUUUGAAUAUAUGGCUGGGUCAGAUAUGACUUAUGGGGGUUUUAAUUGGAAACUAAAUUUCCGCUGGUAUCCUGUUCCCCAAAGAGAAAUGGAUAGGAGGAAAGGAGACAGAACGUUGCCUGUCAGGACCCCUACUAUGGCUGGUGGCCUAUUUUCUAUUGACAGAAACUACUUUGAAGAGAUAGGAACUUACGAUGCAGGAAUGGAUAUCUGGGGUGGAGAGAAUCUUGAAAUGUCUUUUAGGAUUUGGCAAUGUGGAGGCUCUUUGGAGAUUGUAACUUGCUCCCACGUUGGUCAUGUUUUUCGGAAGGCAACCCCUUAUACUUUCCCUGGUGGCACUGGUCAUGUCAUUAACAAGAACAAUAGGAGACUGGCAGAAGUUUGGAUGGAUGAAUUUAAAGAUUUCUUCUAUAUCAUAUCCCCAGGUGUUGUCAAAGUGGAUUAUGGAGAUGUGUCAGUCAGAAAAACACUAAGAGAAAAUCUGAAGUGUAAGCCUUUCUCUUGGUACCUAGAAAACAUCUAUCCUGACUCCCAGAUCCCAAGACGUUAUUACUCACUUGGUGAGAUAAGAAACGUGGAAACCAAUCAAUGUUUAGACAACAUGGGCCGUAAGGAAAAUGAAAAAGUGGGUAUAUUCAACUGUCAUGGCAUGGGAGGAAAUCAGGUAUUUUCUUAUACAGCCGACAAAGAAAUCCGAACUGAUGACUUAUGCUUGGAUGUGUCCAGACUCAACGGACCUGUAAUCAUGCUAAAGUGCCACCACAUGAGAGGAAAUCAACUAUGGGAAUACGAUGCUGAGAGACUCACGUUGAGACAUGUUAACAGUAACCAAUGUCUAGAUGAACCUUCUGAAGAAGACAAAAUGGUGCCUACCAUGCAGGACUGUAGUGGAAGCAGAUCCCAACAAUGGCUGCUAAGAAAUAUGACCCUGGGGGCAUGAAGACUAUUUCCCCCAAGCCAUCAAAGUGUCUAUACUUUUGGUUUUCCAUUAUUUCAAUGAGGGGAAAAAUAAUAACUGCUGAAAUGAAAGUUUUAAAAAUCCUUUUAGUAUUCUAAAACAUAGUUGUUUAUAAUUCAUUUUUAGGAAUGUUGGAUUAUUUCCCUACUAAAAUUUGUAUCUCAUUGAAGAAGCACAUAAAAAACAUAAAUAAUAGCCAAGUGUUAUUAAGCUAUGGAACAACUUGAAAAACAAAUUGUGUUUGUUUUAAAAAAAUCUUACUGCCCUCAUGUCACAAGGUUAAUGGGAGGUUAAUUUAUUUUUUGCUGUCAUAGUGAUUGAGAGAGACAUAAUGUAAAUGCCUUACAAAAUAUCUUCAUUAUGAAAUAUUAUCAAUUGCUUUAUAUAUUCACUCUUUGUACUGGACCUUCAUAGGAACAUGUUGAAUUUCUAUGUCAACAAAUAUGAUCACAAAUUAUUUCUGAGCAUCGAAUUCAUUGUACAAAAUAUCAGGUUCCACAUUUUGUACCAGGAAAAAAAUUUAAAUUGGAUAUUGAAUUCAUAGUCUUUACAAAAACAUCACAUUUAAACAAAAAAAGAAAGAAGAAUUUGAAAAUUCGAUUUAAAUAGGAAAUGCAAAUUCAAAUGAAACAAGCAGAAAUUAGCCAGAUAUUGAGGAGAAUGAUGGAGGGAAAUGGAAACAGUCCUUGGAAGAGACAUGGCGGCUGGGUUGCAAUCAUUCCUAACACAGGCUGAAGACAAACAAUUCCAUGGCACAAGCUAAAUCUGUAGCCAUGUCCCUAUCUCCACAAACAACAUCCCCUUCGUCUUUAGAGUCUGUGGCUUAUCACACUGUACAGAAUUGUAGGACCAAGUUAGAGUUUCAGACUUAAUCUUUAACUCUUUCACACUUAGAAAUUUUAGUUUAAUCACUAUUAUAGUUCUAAUUUUUAACUUUAAUAAAAUGAAUGCAUUGCUAUUAGAAUUUCAUUGUUAUGCCAUCAUACUAACAUUUACAUCACCAGGGGACUGAACUCUAUACAUUCAUUAAACUUUUAUUUUAAUUAAACUGCUAGAUAUCAAUUACUAUAAAUUAUGACUCACAUAAUUAGAGAAGCUUUACAUGUUCUUCAUCUUAAAACAGUUUGUGUUCAAGAUACAUAAACAAUAGGAAAAAAGGGGGAGAAAUAUCAAUCAGUGAGAUUCUUACUAAUAAGUUACUGUAUUUGACAUUAUUUUCAGUGCCCAUAAAUUUGCUUCAAACAAGUGUUUUAUUUGUGAUAAAUGUAUUGAGCAGCUCAAAAUAAUUGGGAGCUGGGAGUGGGGCAGAGGAUGGUAGAUAUGUCUUCUGAAGCAGAAGAUUCCAAUUUUUUUGCCCUCAUCUUUUCCAUAAAAGCUCUUAAAGAAACUAUAUUAUGGUUGCAUACAACUUCCCCCAUGUACCUACAAUGUUUUAUAAUGAAAAUACAAACAUUUUCUGAAGGUUAGUAAGUUCUUGAAUGGUUUUCAUAGGUAGCAUUCCUUCUACUGUUGACUUUGUAUUGGUUCAGUUCUAGAGAAGGAAUGUCCAAGGUGGAGCAUUUUAGAUUUGUUCCUAAAAAUGUAGACAUCCACACUUGGAGGUCUUUGUAAAUCUCUCAGUUUUCUAAAAUUGUAAGAAAAAGUUUGAAUGUCAGAGCAUUUUUUUAAGGAUAGACUCUGUAAUUGACAACAAAUUUAGAAAGGCAGAUCUCACUGCCAGAGCCAGUGAACCACUCCCUUAAAUUGAUCGUGGCCUCUCAAAUCAGCUGAGGCCAGACAACAAUCCCAUUUCCCAUUUCUGACACUCCCCCCCACCCCCCACCCCCGCCAUUUUCUACUUGUCCUGACUAAAAUGCAUUGUCCCUUAAAAUUGAAAAGCUUAAAAUAAUUCUUUUUCUUUUCUUUCUUCCUUUUUUUUUUUUUGGCCCAUCGUAAUUAUACAUAAUAGUGAGACUCACUAUGUCACAUUUGUACCUGUACAUAAUUGAUCUAAUUCCCCACUCCUGCCUCCUGAACUUGCUGUACUCUAGUGAUCUCCCUGCUAUUAUUACUAUUAUUAUUCUUUUAAUUAGUGCAUUAUAAUUGCAUAUAUAAAACAGAUUCCUUGUGGUAUACAUGAACAUAUCAUACUUUGAUGGAUGUCAUUCCUCAGUACUUUCCCAUUUUCCUCCCAGCCCCUUGAUCUUUCUCUACUUUAUUAAUCUCCCUUCAGUUUCAUGAGAAAUCCUUUUUUAAAGUUUUAUUUUUCUCUAGCUUCCACAAAUAAAAAAAAAAUUGAUGCUUGAUUUUCUGAGUCUGGCUUAUUUCACUUAGCAUGAGGUUCUCCAGUUCCAUCUAUUUAUCAGCAAAUGACAUAAUUUCAUUCUCCUUUUUUUUUAAAUUCCAUUUUUUUUUACAGCUGAGUAAAACUCCAUUCUCUUUUUAUAUAUACCACAUUUUCUUUAUUCAUUCAUCUGUUGACAGGGAGCUAGGAUGAUUCUAUAACUUGGCUAUUAUUAAUUGCAUUACUAUGAACAUUGAUAUACACAUAUCACCAGAGCAUGCUGAUUUUAGUCCUCUGGGUUAAAUACAGAAUAGUGGGAUAGUUGGGUUACAUGGUGGUUCCUAGUCAUUCUGGAGGAAUCUAGAGAUUCUGGAGGAAUCUCCAGACAGCUUUUCAAGGUGGUCAUACUAAUUUGCAGUCCCACCAACAAUGUAUAAAUUUGCAUUUUCCCCAAAUCCUACCAGUACUGACUGAUAUUUGAGUUAUUUAUUAUUGUCUUUCUAAUUGAAGUGGGAUGAAAUUUCAGUGUAGCUGUGAUACACAUUUCCCUGAUCACUAAAGAUGGUUAAAUUUUGUCACAUAUUUGUUGACUAUUUGCAUUUAUUCUUCUGAGAAAUGUCUAUUUAGAUCAUUUGCACAUUUAUUGAUUGAGAUAUUUGGUAGUGUUUUUUGUUUAAGUUUUAGGGGUUCUUUAUAUAUUUUGAAUAUUAAUACUGUGUCAGAGGAGUAACUGACAAAUGUUCUUUUAUAUAUCUCCCACAUACUUUUGAUUUGUUAAUCAAAAGUUAUAUGUUGGAUAGUUAAUGAUUAAUGACAAAUUUUUAAAACUACAAUUACUUUAUGUAAGCUGAAUUUGAAGUAUUUCAACAGCACUUUAAAUGAUUGAAAGCUUGUUAUUGUCCUAGUGAAAACACAAGAAAACCUAAACCUGCAUGAAUUUUAAGCUAGGGAAGAAUUUUCAAAGACUAUUCAGAUGGUUUGAACACAUACCAUGGUAGUGCCUAACAACAACAACAAAAAAAAAAGACAUAAAAUAUUAUAAAACAUCCCAAACCAGAAAGCAAUGAAAACAUUCAAUUUUUAUUUCAAAAAUAUUUUCAUAUACUAUAGAAAAUUUAAAACAUGAAAGCAUUCCUUAUUUCAAUCCUCCCACUUCCAUGGUCUUUCUCAUCUGAGUUAAUGCAACUCCAAACUUCUAGAUGCUCGUGUCAAAAAAUCUAAAAUAACUUUUGACUUCUCUCUUUCUCAUCUUUCCAUUAUCAAAUUUAUUUGAUGCUACCUUUGAAAUAUCCAGGCAUCAAUGUUUUCCCACCAUAUCCACUGUGAGUCACUGACUUCAUACUUUUUUUUAUUUGCAAUGUACUUAUAAUUUGGUUCUGUCAAAUAUUCAUGUGAUUGUGUCACUUCCCUGCACCCAAUCUUCCAAUGAUUUUUCAUUUCUCCUCAGAGACCUUCAAGGUACUUCAUGAUGACAGCCCUCUCCAUAGACCCUCAGGUUCCUUAGAUACAAACUUUCUCUCUCUCUCUCUCUCUCUCUCUCUCUCUCUCUCUCUCACACACACACACACACACACACACACACACACACACAUACACCUUACUGUAUUCUUAUCUCUUCUCACUUUUUACUUUCUCUACCAGGUUUCUAAAAGACUUUCUGCUUUAGUGUAUUUUUCCCUCUACCUGACAAAGCUCUCUUUCUCACUUUCUUGAGAUCUCUAUUCAAAAAUCACCUCAUUAGUAAGAUAUACUGUUGUCCUCCUUCCCACCCUAUCCCCUUUAACUCUGACAAGCUAUAAGUUUAAUUUUCUCUUCUAUCUGCCCUUCCACCUCUCCCAUCACACACUCUAGAAUAUGUUAUUUGCCUUUUUAUUUAUUUUUUUUUUUUGCUUGGUUUUUUUUUUUCUGCCCUGAGGGAUAGAGCCCAGGGCCUCAAGCAUGCUGGGUAAGUGCUAUUACUAAGCUAUACCCCAGCCCAGUAAGUGCAUUUUGAAGGUAGUGUAUUUGUCAGUUUUGUUCACUGGGUAUCGUCAUUAUCUGGUAUAGUUCUUAGCACAUACUGAGUACUCUUUAAAUAUUUCUUGAACUAAUGAACUGAAAAGUGUGUGUUAAAGUUGCUAAGUGCUACUGUGUAAUUCUUUUUUGUGUGUCUAAAUUUUAAAUUCCAGUAAUAUAUUUAUACAAGAUUUGCAUAACUUUGUCUCCAAACAAUAAUUUGCUUUCUAAUAACCUUCAUAUUAAAAUAUGGACUAUAUACUGUUCUCUGUAAUAAAAUAUCCUGCCUUAUAGAAAUGAAAUAUGACAUUUUAUAUAAAUGCUGCUAUAUUAUAUAAGUUGCUUCAUUAAGCUAUAAAUAAUUUUAAUUUCAAUUUGUUGGUUAUAUUCAAUGAACUCCUGAAGGUCUUAAGAUUUUUAACUUUUAGAGGGGAUAUAUUACAUUUUCUUAAAACUUUUACAUAUUUUCAUGGUCUAUUAAUAGCUGUUACUAAAUUUAUUUUCUAAGUGCAAGUCUAUGAAGAAAAACAAUUACAGAAAACUUAAAACUUUACAGAUGAUCUGUUCUUAGGUUCUGUGUUUCUAGAUAAAAGAGUGAGACCCAGACAGGUAACAUAGUUUGCCUGGGAAUCCUACAGCUACCAGCAAUGAUACCAGGACUUCUCAUUGUUAAUAUAUAGCUUCAUUCUCUUGCUCCAAAAUAUUAUAAAAAGGACAUAAUAUGACAAAAAAGGCUUUAUUAAAAUUUUGUUAUUAGUACAUUGAUUCUUUAGAAAUAUUUAUAUUCUUACCAUCAUUCAUACUUACAUAAAAUUAGUUCUACAAAGUAAUAGCACAGGAAAUAAGACCUGCCACAAAAAAAUAAAGAAAUUUCCUAAAAAUAGCAUGAUUACAGAACAAUAGAACAUUCUAGAAUCAUUGAGCAAACUGGGUUUCAGGAAACAAAGCUAAGCCUCUUAAAGUAGUAACUUAUGGAGCACAGUCUCUUCCAUUUUCUUUAUAAUUAUCUUCAAGCUAAAAGUAAAGAUAGCCUUCAGUUUGACAGAGAAUUGGACCAUACAUUAUUAUAAACAUUGGUUAGUUCUAUGUUACUAAGUUUCAAAAGCUGCAGGGUAAUCAGAUUUUUCUGGGCUUCCCAAUGUAGCUCUAGAGACUCUAGUAAACAUAAGUCAUAAAUUUGAUUUUGCUUUGGUGCUUAGAAACAGUUUAAUAAAUAAGAAAGAAAAAAAUGAAUAAAAGGAGAAGAAAAUAAAAUACAACAAAAUAGCUGGACCAUUUUUUUUUACUUUAAAAAAAUGCUGGGAGUUUAGGAUCAUACCAUAAAUCGCUUAAGUACACCUCACAAUAUUGAGCCCCCCUACACACAUUGUUUCCACUGUUUAAGAAAUGAUAGUCAUGCACAAUCACAACCAUUUCAACUUGCAUCCCAUCUGUAGAUGUUAAAUCUAGUCUCAGAGGCUGCAAAACUUAUGAAUUCUUAAGUUAUAAGAAAGACAUUCAAGAUCUUAAUCCAUGUGUGAAUAUCCACAACUAGUCAUUCUACAUAACUUAUAUCUUCAAAUCCUGGAUAGAUUUCUAAUUCAUUUGGGCCACGUAAAUCCAAUUGUCUUAAGGCAGCUUGUGUUGCAGGAUUCAGCCGCUUCCCAACCCUUUUCUCCAAGUGUGUUAAAAUAAGGACUAGAUAAGAUCAACCCCUCUUCUCCACAGUGCAGGAUGCAUCUGGUUUUACUAUAUUAUGUUCAAACUGCUAUUAAUUAUAAGCUAUUGUAUGAAUUUAAGGUGUUGAGUGAACACCAGAAAUGUGUUUUAAAUACUUUGUGUAAAUUUGUGCCCAACUUUUGUUUUAUAUUGUUCAAUAAAUUCUAAAGGAAAUUUUCAUUGUAUUUGUUUUUAAAAUCCUUCUGAAAUAGUAGUGAUGCAGGGCAGUCUUCUGUCUUCAAAAACAAAAUCCACUUUAAUGACACUUGUGUGUCAUUAUAAAGUUAUCCUUUUUUUCUGUAAAGAGAACAAAUCACUUAAUCUUCUGUUUCUAAUGAGUUAAAAGGAAAAUGAAAAAUUAGAUGAUUAAGGCUUUAUCUAUAAUACAUCUAUUUUAAAAAUUGGAAUUUUCAUUGUGAAUUCACUUAGUGUAAAAAUGAAUAUCAGCUGCUGCUUGGUUCCAGUUGUACUUUCAGCUAAGAAUAGCACAAGGGGGACAAAAAAGGACUUGAUGAUCUUAUGAUUUGGUGAGUGUGGGGGUAGUUUUUGUUUUCUCAGUCAGUGUAGUCACAGCUAGAAAGAAGUAAUUUCAAAAAUGUUCUAAAUAUAUGCCUGACACACAGUUCUUUAGCAUUUAUAAAAGUAAA